AUGGUCAAGAAUUACUGCCACAUCUCAUUGCUAUUGAGGAUAAUAACAUGCAGACUCAUCACACACCUGGAAAACAACUACAGACAUAACACUAGCCAAUAUGGCUUCUGCCCCCACAGGAGGGCCGAGAGCACUCAGAUUAACUUCAUUCUACAAGACGUCAGCAAGGUCUUUGACAAAGUCUGGCAUGACGGUCUUAAAUACAAAUUAACACUAUUUCAACUCCUGAUACACCACAUGCUCCUCUUCUGCAGUUUCCUGGAUUACAGGAUUGCCACAAUAUGCCUGGAUACCCACCUAGGCACCCAAAUCCACCCCAGAAGUGGAAUACCACAGAAAAGUGUUUUAUCGCUCUCUAUAUCCUGUACACAGCCAGUCUGCUAG